AUGCGUUUUACUCUGUUUCUCAUUGCCUUUACGUUAACUGUUCAAGAAUGUGAGUCAACUAAAGAUUGUAAAUACAAAGAUGGUCUAUUUGGUCGUAUUGAUUUGACAUCUGUUGGCUUAAAAAAUACACCAGCAUUUAGAAAUUUACCAUCAACUGGUCAACCAGACAUAUAUUUUUAUUCGUACAAUCCGUGCUAUCCUUUUAAUGAAGCAUCAUGUAGUGAUGUAGCAGGAUGUCAGAAUCGUAUUGAAAUGACUUUGAGUAGAAAAAGAUUUCAAAAAGUUUUUUGGAGACCUGAAUUUCCAGAAAUCCUCUGA